GAAAAUUAAAUUUUAAGGAUUCAAGUCAAAUGUCAGUAGCUUUAAAAUUCAAAUUUUAGCUUAAAAUUUUUUAUUUAGUUAUUCAUAAUUCUACAUUAAAUUAAAAACCAUAUUUUCUACUUUUUCAAAUGUAUAAAAUGCAGAUAUAAAUGCAACAUAUAAAUACAUAUACAAUAUAUAUGUGUUAUUAUCAUGAGGGAAUCAAUUAGGUAAAAUGAUCUAGCCCUUGUGCCUGGGAGGUUGUCAGAGCAGACAUCAUGAGAUCCUUCUCUUCAUCAAGGCUCUGGAGGUAAGGAAAGGGAAGGCAAUAGUGAAAAAAAAAAAUGGCUGAGAAACACUAGUCUAAGCCCACAUAGAGAGUGCAUAAAGGAAAGCAAAAACAGGAGUAAAAAGUAAGAGAGGGGAAUUCAGAAAAUGGAAACUAAUAUAUUCCCUAUUUAAGGUUAUGCACAAAGCAAGGUCUUCAGAGAACCUAGAGCCCAAGGUGCAGAGUCACCCAUGUCAACAAGCCCAGCAGCAUCUGCAACAUCUGUGAUGGCCUUGCCCUUUUCUUUACUGAUGGCCCUGGUGAUGCUCAGCUGCAAGUCAAGCUGCUCUCUGGGCUGUGAUCUGCCUCAGACCCACAGCCUGGAUAACAGGAGGACUAUAGUCCUCCUGGCACAAAUGAGGAGAAUCUCUCCUUUCUCCUGUCUGAACAACAGACAUGACUUUGAAUUUCUUCAGGAGGAGUUUGAUGGCAACCAGUUCUAAAAGGCUCCAGCCAUCUCUGUCCUCCAUGAGCUGAUCCAGCAGACCUUCAAUCUCCUCAGCACAAAGGACUCAUCUGCUGCUUGGGAUGAGACACUCCUAGACAAAUUCUACACAGAACUUUACCAGCAGCUGAAUGAUCUGGAAACCUGUGUGAUGCAGGAGGUGGAAGUAGGAGAGACUGCCCUGAUGAAUGAGGACUCCAUCCUGACUGUGAGGAAAUACUUCCAAAGAGUCACUCUCCAUGUGACAGAGAAGGAAUACAGCCCUUGUGCCUGGGAAGUUGUCAGAGCAGACACCAUGAGAUCCUUCUCUUCAUCAAGAAACUUGCAAGAAAGAUUAAGGAGGAAGAAAAGACUCAUUUAUGUUAUAACACAAGAUGAAUUGAAUCAAAUAUUUCAAAUGUUUUCGCGAGUGUUAAUCAACAUCCUGUUCAGCUAUACAGGUACUAAAGACUUACAGAUGGCCAUGCAGAUGUAUCUGCUUAUUUAACUACUUAUACAACUUAAAUUAUUCUUGCUCACAUAGCAUGUGCACCUUUAUAUUGUGAAUUAUGUAACAGGAAUAUGGUUUUUAUAUUUACUUAAUGUAUUUUACCUUGUUUAAUAAAUGUUUACUAUAGAAAAUUCUCUUAUUUGUUUAUUCUUUAAAUGAAACCCUAAGCCUGAUUUUGCAACCUGAUAAAAGUAUAGGUGGCACAAUUCAUUUACUCGCCAUUAUUAUAUUCAAGUUAUAAGUAAAAAUGGACUCUGUCUAAGCCAGAUUAUAUGCUGCCUCAGGAUAUCUAGGAGAACAUAACAAAUACAGUUUUUGCUUUCUGAUGUCUUUGAUUUUUGUAGGGAAAAAUCCCUACAAAUAGUAAUUUUACUUAAUAUCAGUUAUGUUAAAUACUAUAACAAAAAGAAGGAUCAAUGAAUUUCUCUCAGCAGAAAGUAGACUGAGGCAUGUAAGGCAAUAGAAACUAAUGCAGAGAUAUCCUCUAUAAGUUGACUGGUAGAAAUCUAUGUGCAAAUGUGCACUGUCAGUUUGUUAUGUGAAUUUGCAAUUUACAAGAAAUGCAACUGGGAGAGGUUCAUAGGUGGUAACUGAAAGCACAGAAAUGGAGGUGAUCAUGUGGGGAGAGAGUGUAAAGGGAGAAAAGUACUUAAAUUUGGUUCUGAGAGCCUUCAACCCUUAAAGGAAGGGGAGAGAAGAGCCACAAAGAAAACAAGUGGAAUGGCCAUAUGAGACUAUGGACAAUGAGACAGAAAGGUGAUGAAGCAUAUUUAAGAAAAUAAACAUGCUUAGAAGAGUAGUCACUGGAUUCAUGAAGGGUGUGGAUUGAAACUACCCACUGCAAUGGAAAAAUAGAUGGCACUGGCAAUUGCAGUGACAGCUGUUUUGGUAGAUUUAAUCAGCAGAAACCAUAAUGAAGAAGGUGGAAGUGUAAAUAAGAGAAGGUAGGGAGAGAAGAAGGAAAUAGGAUGAAAUCUUGAAAAAACGUAGGUUAUUUUUUCUGUACAUAGGUUUUCCUUUUCUGCAAUAUUUUUUCUGGAUAAAUUUCAUAGAAUUGAUGUAGUGACAAAUUAUAUGAUAUGCUAUAUAUACUUAUUAUAAAUCAUGACAUUCAAUAACUUAUAAUUAUAAUUUAUUAUUAUUUUAAUACUACCUUGAAUAUCAAAGCUGCUCAGUUUUUGUUAAUUUGUUGGGCUAGAAUAUAUGACUAAUUAAAUGAAAAUAUUACAUUAAUACUGUUAAUAUAAUAGUUACUGGAAUUAUUGGCUUUAUUAAUUAAGUUACUUACAUCAUUGAUUUACUAGUUUUACUGCUGCGCUCUGGUGGAUGUAGAUACGAUAAGAAUUCUUUUAUAUUGGUAAUUGGUAAUUUUAUCAGAUUUUAUGAAUAUUGGAGUCUUAUAUUGAUCCCAAAAUAACCAAAUUACUAUAAACAUUACUGAUAAACUUCCUUCACAAAAGUAAGAAAUUGCAUCAAAGAAUCUCUUUCCCAAUAUACAAUGAAGAAAAAAAAUUGGUCAAAACCAGUUGAAAAUACAGCAUGAACCAUAGAAAUUCAGACAGCAAGAAAAAGUUCUGUGUAAUUCAUGAGUAAAAGGAAAUUUAACAAUUUGCACAGAGAUCCUGAAUACAAAACUGACAAAAUCACCUGUAAUUUACAUGAAAGAAUUUGACAUUAAAAUUUCAUUCUGCUUAGACGUAAGUGUGAUGUUGAUCAAGACGUCUAAUCUCUUUGAGCCUUAGUUUUCUCAUAAAUAGAACUAUUUAGAUACUUGUGAAUAUUAAAGGAACCCAUGCAGUUUAAAGUACCUACCAUAGUACCUCCCAUUGAGUAAGGAGUUAAAAUAUGGGAGGUAUUUCCCUAUUUUUCUUCAUUCAGCGGUAAAUAAGAAUAUUAUUUGUGUUUCUGUAAAAUUCUUAGGAACUAUGUCCUACCUUUCAAUAACUGACCUCCCAGAAAGGCAGCCUAAAAAACUAGAUUCUGUUAUCUGUAGAGAGGCUGAAAAAUGGUCACUCCUCAUUUCAAAGAAAUGUCCUAUUUAUAUGCAGUCAGGGAAUGGUGGCUUGUAUAAAUACAUGACACAAGAGAAUAAGCAUGUAGAUUGAAGUGCAGAAGAGACACGAUGUUUAUUUACUGAUUCAGGCACCUGACACAUUCCCUCCCUGGCUCUCAGCAUUCCAGGAUGCACUCUUAUAUCACUAGGGAUUCCUUCCUCUCCAGGGUGGAUUCCCCAUGGGACCCAGGUCAUUCACUCCCUUCAUUUUCCUGCCCAUUCACACAGCUGCUUUCAGUUCUGUUGUGCUUUUGACCUCAUGGGUUCCCAAAUGAGCAAAAUGCCACAAAUGCUAAGCAGAAGUGAAAUAAAAUUUCUAGGUUUUGCAGAAACAUCUAUAAGAGAGGUUUUUCUGAAUUUCUGUUGACUAUAAUGUAAUAGCAGCUUAGCAAAAAGGAAAGAGAAAAGACAAUCCAAUUUAUGUGUGUGCUCCUGAAAACCUCUCAGGGGAAGAUGGUCAAAGGUGACAAGGGCAGCCACCAAGACUAGAGGGCUGAUUUAUUCAGAAACCCUAUCACUUCUGGGGAUUUAUCUUUAUGUGGAAAAAGGCUAUUUCUUGGCAAGAACAGAUUCAAAUAUUGUCAUAAGCUUGUUUCCUACCCUGUUUGUUUCAUUACAAAGACAGUGACUCUCCAGCUUCAGGAAGGGCAGGGAAUCCUUAGGAUUGGCAGUUAGAGAAACAGAGAGGGUUGUAUCCCUGCCUAGAGUCUAUGGUGCAAAGCAGUGUACCCUCCUUGAAAUCACCCCUUCUACAUACUUUGGGACUCCAAGGGAUAGGCAGAGCUGCCAAUCUUGGCAUGGAACUCAAUGGUCAUUGUAAAAAUCUCAUGUUAAUAGGGCGCAUUAAGCUCUCAACAGUACAAUCUUAGUUUCACAGAUUCAUUCCUAAUAUCAGACUUCAAAUAUUAACAAAUAGUAGAAUACUUUCACUGUUGCUUUGAAUAAUGAUUUUGACAUCUCUUUUACUUAGUAGUAAAAACACUGCCUAGGUAGCAAAAAACAGAAGUUUCAGGAAAGCUGAGGAAUAUGAAAGAAUAGUGUCAUUUUACCUGAGAGCUAGUAUAACUUAUUUAUUCAAAUAUAUCAAAUUCGGUAUAAUUUUAGAGGGAUUCUUAUAAUAGGCACCAUAUUUUUACGAAGGUAUUUCACCAGGAAGUGCAUGAAUUGCUAAGAUAGCAGGGAGGGAGGGCCUGCAACUGCAGAGGGGACUCGAAUGUUUUCCUUAGGCUGUACACUCAACAUUUGAAUUUGCUGCUUUCCAAAUGGGAGUUCACCCGAGCCUUAGAUAAAGUUCAACACAUUUUGUCCUUUGUAGACUUCUUCUGUCCUCCAGAGGGGAGGAUGAAGAAAUUUAGGAGGUGGACAUGGCAUAGCUUUCCACGCUGUAUAUGUGAGGGUUCUUCAGAGAACAGAACAAAGAGGAUGGAGAGAGAGAGAUUUAUUUUAAGAAAAUGGAUCACAUAAUUGUGCAAUCUUGGCAGAUUCAAAUGUGUAGGGUAGUUUGGCAGGGUGGAGACCAUGGACAAAGUGGCAAUUGGAGUCCAAAGGUAGUCUGCUGGCAGAAUACCCUCUUCUUCAGAGGAGGUAUAUCUUUCCCUAUUAAGGCCUUCAAUUGAUUGGAGGAAGCCCACCCACAUUAUGGAGGAUAGUCUGCUUUACUCAAAGUCUACUAAUUUAAAUGUUAAUCUGAUCUAAAACAUAUCUUCACAGAAACACCUAGAAGAAUGUUUGGCCAAACAUCUGGGUUCCCUGGCCUAGGCAAGUUGACAUAUAAAAUUAACCAUCAUACUGCCCCUUUCUAAUUGAUGUCCUAACACUUUUCAAAUAUUAUUCCUCUUCCAUUCUUCGACAGUGGUUUGUGUGUUUUAUAUAUUUUACAUAAUUUUCCUACCUUUUUUGUUUCUAGGUGAGCAAAUCCUAAGAUCAGGGUCCACUCCAUCAUCUUACUAGGAAAAGUCUCUUAGCCAUGCUCUGUUUCAUAGGAAGAAGUCAGAAAUAUUUGUACAUUAAAAAUAACCACAUAUUUUUGUAGUUUAGCUAUUUUUCAUGAGCUUACAAUAACAGCCCAGGCCCCUCUUCUUUAUUUAAAAUCUAAUCUUAUUUUCAAGUCUCCAUUCCAUCAAAAUUUUAUUAUCAUCUAUGGCAUAGAAUGAGAUUUUACAUUGACUUCUGCCUUUAUUCCCAAUUCAUCAUUUUAGAACCACUUAUGGAAAACUCCUUUCUGCCACAUUAGCAUUUUAUAUAUAUAUAUAUUCCCAAAUCUAAUUACUACACAUAAUUUCAAAGACUAUAUACUUUAAAAGUUGGUUUAUCUAAUAUUCCCCUAUAUCACACUGUUUCCAGCAUUACUAUUAAAGACUCAUUUCAUUUUCUAGUAGGGAUAGUUAUGCCAAGAAUUCUUCUUCUAUACUUUUACAUUAUUAUAAUGUAUUAUUCCUGAUUAAAUUCAUAUUUUAUCUACCAUGUAGAGCAUAAACUUCACAAAAAAUCACUGGCCCUUGAGGAUGAACGAGUAACCAAAUUGCAAUGAAUACAAUAUUCUGGGACAAUAUCUUCAUACAAUGGAAGAGUAAAAGUGGAUCAAGGAAUUUCUUUUCCCCAAUAUCUAAGGUAGAGAAUAGGUGAGCACCAGCAAAAAAUACAACAGCAUGCACAUGCACCAAUAAAAUAAAGACAAGGGAUCAAGACAGAUGUUUAAUUCUGGAGUCAAAGCACGUUUUAAAACUUAAUAGAAUUCUAAAAUAUGAAACUUUAAAAAUUGUCCAUAAUAUGCAAUUCAGGACUCUACAUUGUAUCUUGAUUCUGCCACCAAUUAUGUAUAAUCUUGGGAAAUUCACUUAACUUCUCUGAGCCUCAGUCCCCUUAAGUAAAUAUAGGGUAGAAAUAUUCAUACAGUUGUAUUAAACAAACUAAAACAUUUUAAAGCACUUAAGAGUAUUUGCCACUGAGCGAGGGCUCAAAUAUGGUUAUUUUCUAUUUUUUAUAUAGAUAUAAAUAUCAGAAUACUGAACUCUCCCACCUCCUUUCAGUAACAUGACAGUCUAAAAAACUGCAUUCUAGGAAGUGUUCCUAGAAGACUGAAAAAUAGUCACCCUUCAGAUGGAAGAUUAGUCUGAAUUGUAUAUUCAGUCAGGAAAACGCAACUUGUAGAAAUAUCUGAAAGAUAAGUUAAUCUCCUAAAAUGAAGUAAAAUAGACCUGCACAUAGUACCGAUUUUCAAGUCCGAUAUCUGACAUACUUCCCCCUUUCCUCCCUGUUUGUCUGGAUCCCAUUCUUCACUCCCAUAUCACGUUAGUUUCCGUCCUCUUCCUUUAGAAAUCCCCAGUGUUCUCUCCUCUUCACUCCUCAUUAACCUGCACUGCCUAUUCAUAUAGCUGAUUUCAGUCCUCUUGUGGGUUUUGUCCUUCAAUUUCCCCUUAAGAGUACAAAGCCACUAAUUAAAAGCAGAAGUUGAAUGAAAGUUCUAGGUUUUUCAGAAACUCUUAUAUAUAAAAAACCUCUUUUUAUUUUCGUCUGAUGAAUAUUUCCAGAAAUGAGGGAAUGCCCCUGUUACAACAAUGUAACAGCAGCUGUAGGAAAAUAAAAGGCAGGUUCCGUUUUACUUGGGGGCUGUUACAACAUUAACAGAAGCAGGCAGCCACCUACUGGCCAUGACAGAACAAGACAGCAGCCAGGUCUGUGGGGAGCAGGCUUUUCUGUUUAUGCAGAAGUGUGUUCCUGGCAGGAGAUUUUUCUUCAGAGCUAAAAAGAGGCUCUUUCCUGCCAGGAACUGACCCCAGUACUGAAAUAAGCCCAUUUCCUUAGGUUUUGUAUCACACAGAGAGAAAAUACUCCCAGCUUCAGGCAGGGCAUAUUCUCUAAGGGCAAUGAACAGCUAUGAGGAGAGAGAAAGAGACAGAAUGUUUCCCUUGCCUCCAGCCUGCCCAACCUCCCAGGGCCUCCUGUCUAAUCCCUCCCACUACGUAUUCUGCUACACUAGGAAUCAGUACAGCCUGCCAAUCUGGGUGUAGAACUGCAAGAGAAACCAGGGAAAAAACCUUCUGUUUGAAGCUACAUUAGCUCUUUCUUAAGACUAAGCUGCCAGUUUUACAAAUUCCUUCCUAUUAUCAGAUUCUGUCCCUUGACUUUAUAAUCAGGAGAAAAUUCUUACUCUCACUUUGAAUAAUGAAUGAGCUUGCAUCAGUUCUACCUAGAUUUAGUAGUUAGAGCACUAGCGUAAGUAAAGGAAUUUCAGAGAUUACAGUGAUUGCCAGUUGACACCUGUGCACUAUCUAUUUGGGUAGAAUUGAAAUAUACUGAGGUAACCUGCUCAAAAUUGUAAUUGAAGAAGUUCCUCAGGAAACGUGUGUAAAUUGGCCCCAUGUGAAUUUCUCAGGCAGCAGGGUGGGGUUUCAAUUUGGAAGGCAUCUCUCAAAUCUCUACCUCAGGUUAGAGACCCAACCAUUAGAUUGCUUCUAUCCUAUUGAUGGGUUAGAGGACGCUAAUUUACAUGUUAAAGGGUUUUUGUCCCUUACCUUCCUUUCCUCCCCCACCACUUAUGGGGAACCAGGACAGGAGCAGAAGCACACAGCCUGCCUGCCCUCCCUCCCUCCCUUCCUCUCUCUUCUUUUCUUUUCUUUUCUUUUUUUUCUUUCUUUCCUUUUCCU